AUGUACCUUUGCUUGCAGGUAUUCACGGUCGUCACGCUGAUCUCGGGCGUGGUGAGCAGCCUGGUGGUGGCGGCGACGCCCUGGGUGCGGCGCCCCAUGUCCCCCACCAUCCGCCUCUCCCUCUCCCUCGCUGCCGCCAACACUGUGGUCUCCCUCGCCCUCAUUCUCGACCUGUUCAUCAACACCUACGUCCCGACAGUGUACCCUCUCCUCCGCUGCAGCUCCGUCUACGGCCACUACGUCUGCAUACAGCUCACUAUUUUCACGGUGAAGAUGGCCAUGAUCCUGGUCCAGGUUCUGCACCUCCUGGUCGUGGCCAUGAACCACUACAUCGGGAUCCGAAGGCCUCUCCACUACGCCACCAUCGUCACGCCGAGGUUCCUGAAGAAGGUCCUGGCGGGGCUGUGGGUCUCGCCUUUGGCCGGGAUGUUCGCAGCGUUUUCAGCCGUUCCCGGACAGGGUUACCAGUCUCCUUCUUGCGCCAACAACGAAUUCAUAGAGACCGGCAUCACAUUCAGGAUCGUGUGGAUCUGCAUCUUCUUCGGGCCGACGCUGCUCAUCAUCCUCGCCUACUGCCACAUCUUCUUCCUCCUCAAGAACCGGAGUCUGUACCUGGUGAGCGCAGAACAACGGUCGCAGCUCAGGAGGAACAUCAACCACGAAAUGGCAAACGCCCUCAAUUUCCUGAUGCUGGAAGUGAGAUCCAAGACGGUGGCCACGACGGCACUCAUCGUUGGCACCUUCGUCAUGGGAUGGGUGCCAGCGGUGGUCAAGUACGUCCUGGUCUGCCCAAACUGCCCCGUGAGUAAUCUGACUCUACUGACUCAGCUGAUCCUUGGGGUCAUCGUGAACAGCCUUUAUACGCUGAAGGUCUUCAUCGACACCUUCAUCUACGCCCUGCGGCUGCCUGACAUCCGGAAGGCGCUGGCGACGAUGUGGGAGGCGGCGAGGAAGUGCGCCCGAGGAAGACCUGUCCCCGGCAACGACCUCUCGCGCCUCUCCUCCUCGAGGACGACCUCCAUCCAGCUGUCCCUGAGCUCCUCGAGUCUCCACAGCCUAACCCAGACAUUCCCGCGGCUUCACCUUCAGGCUCAGGUCAACUCUGAGUCACGGGUCACCGGGCUCGCGUUCGGGGUCAAGGUCACGGUCCGGCUCGCCCGCCCUGCACAACAACCAGAGCAAACGACGAUCGGAAACUAUGGGUCCUCAUUCUCCCUGAAACACCGAGGAAGAGCUAAGGUCAAUUCCAAGGGCAUAUACAAGGCCAACGGAACCACGACCUUUGAGAACCAAGGAAGAAAAUUACCAGAUUUUUAG